ACUAGCCUAGCUUAGCUACGGUAGUAACUUUCCAGCCGUGGUCGUUGAAGUAGUAAGACUCCGUUUGCUUCACUGCUGUUGCCCCAAAGUACGAUGCCACAACUCAAUUCGAUAUGAUAGCAGCCAUAAUAAACUUUAAUAAGGAUAUGAUGAUCCACUAUAUUUUGCAGUCUGCACAUAAAGACAACAAAAUGGAUUUGAAGAGAGAAAAAGAACUCAGAUUCGUCGAAACAAAGAUAAUUUAGAUAAUCUCUUGUAUAAUAAUUUAAACCACAGCUAAAAGAUUUUAAGUUUCUAUCACACUAUAAAGCACAAAUGAAAACAACAAAAUGGAUUUGAAGAGAGAAAAAGAACUCUGAUUUGUCGCAAAAAAGAUAAUUUUGAUAAUCUCUUGUAAUAAUUGAAACCAAAGCUAAAAGACUUUAUGUUUCUAUUACACAAUGCACAAAUGAAAAAAACAAAAUGGAUUUGAAGAGAGAAAAAGAACUCUGAUUUGUGGCAAGAAAGAUAAUUUAGAUAAUCUCUCAUAUAAUAAUUUAAACAACAGCUAAAAAGUUUAUAAAGUUCAUAUUACACUGUAAAGCACAAAUAAAAAAAACAAAAUGGAUUUGAAGAGAGAAAAAGAACUCUGAUUUGUGGCAAGAAAGAUAAUUGAGAUAAUCUCUCAUAUAAUAAUUUAAACAACAGCUAAAAAGUUUAUAAAGUUCAUAUUACACUGUAAAGCACAAAUAAAAGUAAUUUGUGCGUAUGAGCACAAAUUACAUUUAUAUUAAAGGUGUCAAGGCUGAUUAAUUUGAUAAUAAAAGUAAGUAAUUUACUAUGUAAAACUUGAACUUAAAAUCUAAUAAUCUGUUGUAUCUAAUCAAAACUUUAUGUGAAGGAUAUGAUUCUAUUUGAAAAACAUAUAUAAAACACUUAUUUAUAAGUAAGCUAAUUUAAUAUGAUGGAACAUAAAAGACAAGCAAACAGAGAAAAACACUCCAAGUAGCAAUGUUGUAUAGCAGGCCUCCUUAUAACAAAAACGUUUUAAAGUUGAAUGAUAUGUACAUAAUAUACAACUGUAGAAGAUUCAAAAACUCCUUCAAAUUGGGGAAUUAUUUAAAUAGACAUAAGAGCCAACUGACUAAUUCAAAUUAGUUACUAGCUUGUCUAUUGAGUUGUAAGAAAAUAAAAAAAAAAAUGUUUAAGAUCACCAAAAAAUUUCCUCUUAAGUGUCCAAUAUGUAAAAAAAUGUUUUCAACAAAAUGGGAAAUGAAGAAUCAUAUAUAUGUGCAUACAGGCGAACGUCCUUUUAAAUGUUUGUCAUGUGAGGAAACAUUUAUUGAAAUAUAUCAAGUAAGGUGUCAUUUGUUGACACAUUGUAAAAAGUAUCCUCAUAAGGGUACUAAAUGUGGAAAAUCCUUCAAACAUCUCAGCUAUAUAAAUGAGCAUACAACGGUUCAUACUGAAGAACGACCUUAUUUGUGUCCUAUAUGUGGAAAAUUGUUCAAAUCCAACAGCACAAUGAAACAACAUACAUUGGCCCACACCGCAGAGCGACCUCAUAAGUGCACUACAUGUGGAAAAUCCUUCAAACGACUCAUGUCUUUGAAGGAGCAUACAAAGAUUCAUACUGAAGAGCGACCUCAUUUAUGUCCUAUAUGUGGAAAAUCGUUCAAAUACAAACGUAAUAUGAAAAAUCAUACAUUUGUCCACACCGCAGAGCGACCUCAUACGUGUACUAUAUGUGGAAAAUCUUUUAAAUCCAAUGGAGCAAAGAAGAUACAUACAUUGGUCCACAACGGAGAGCGACCUCAUAAAUGCACUACAUGUGGAAAAUCCUUCAAACGACUCAUGACUUUGAAGGAGCAUACAAAGAUUCAUACUGAAGAGCGACCUCAUUUAUGUCCUAUAUGUGGAAAAUCGUUCAAAUACAAUAGCAAUAUGAAAAAACAUACAUUUGUCCACACCGCAGAGCGACCUCAUAAGUGCACUACAUGUGGAAAAUCCUUCAAACGACUCAUGUCUUUGAAGGAGCAUACAAAGGUUCAUACUGAAGAGCGACCUCAUACGUGUACUACAUGUGGAAAAUCCUUUAAAUCUAUUGGAGAAAAGAAAAUACAUACAUUGGUCCACACCGCAGAGCGACCUCAUAAGUGCUCUACAUGUGGAAAAUCCUUCAAAUGCAAUGGAACAAUGAAACAACAUACAUUGGUCCACACCGGAGAGCGACCUCAUUUGUGUCCUAUUUGUGGAAAAUCCUUCAAAUGCAAUAAAACAAUGAAUCAACAUACAUUGGUCCACACCAGAGAGCGACCUCAUUUGUGUCCUAUUUGUGGAAAAUCCUUCAAAUGCAAUAGAACAAUGAAAAUACAUACAUUGGUCCACACCAGAGAGCGACUUCACGAGAGCAUUACAUGUGGAAAAUCCUUCAAAUGCAAUAGAACAUUGAAAAUGCAUACAUUGGUCCACACUGGAGAGCGACCUUAUAAGUGCAAUACAUGUGGAAAAUCCUUCCAACGACUCAUGUCUUUGAAGGAGCAUACAAAGGUUCAUACUGAAGAGCGACCUCAUUUAUGUCUCAUAUGUGGAAAAUCGUUCAACUACAAUAGCAAUAUGAAAAAACAUACAUUGGUCCACACCGGAGAGUGACCUCAUUUGUGUCCUAUUUGUGGAAAAUCCUUCAAAUCCAAUAGAAAAAUGAAACAACAUACGUUGGUUCACACUAGAGAGUGACCUCAUAGGUGCACUACUUGUGGAGAAUUGAACUACAGGCUUUUGAAGAUUGUUGAUGAAAGCAUGAUGUACAUUUUGCCCAUGUUUUACAUUAUCAGGAGCAGAGUUUGUGUUUAUAUCACUUUCUUUUUUACGUUAAGUUAAUUAUUAAGUAUUUCCUUUUUAAACUGUGUCAGCCUUAUAGCAUCUCUCCUCUCUAUGUAAAUGUUGUACAACUGAGCCAUUGAGGUGAAUACAGGCUCCAGGUAGAGGCGAGUGGUUGUUUUCCUACAGUAAUGAGAGGAUAGUUUGGCCAAAAAAGUUGAAAACUUUUGCAAAAAUUCACAUUGCUCUUUCUAUUUCGUUAUCUUUGCUUGCAAACUUCUUCACAGGCAUGCACACCAGAGAGUUGUCUAAAAUAUGUUACGAGGAUGAUUUGUUCAAACAAUUACAAUGCCAUGAAUGUUAAUGUUGUAGAUACCACAGAGAGGAUUUUAAUUAGCCUAUUUUAAAAGAGUUAAAACUCAUGACAACUCUCUUCUUAUGUUGAUUGAAUAAGUUGACACAAUCAUUUUUACAAUUUUGAUGGUGCAGGAUAAACAGCAAUUGCAUUCCAGGGCAUAUAAAUACUCUAAGAUUUGAAAUAAUUAUAUAAGGUAAUACAUUUUAUAAGUACAAAUCUUCAUUGUAAGUUAGUUAAUUUCAUGUUUUUAUACACCUAUUAUUUGUAUCUUUGACUGUGUAUUUAUUUAGUUGUAUUCUAUAGUUUUUUGUGUACAUAUGGCAACUGAAACCCUUUAUGUAAUGUCAGGAUACUUACCAGGGUUAUUUAUUAUCUAAGUGUCUAUUGUCUUUAUCUUUACGUUAAUGUUUAACGUUUUAAUUUUUCCAUUUUAUGUAAAUAUCAAUAAAUGUAUUUUAUUA